AUGGAGUUCACCGCAAUCAGGGCCUCCACGGCGGCGGCGGCUGGUGCUGCCGAGCACGGGCAAGACAGGAUCGGCGGAGGAUGCCCGUCGCCGGAUCAGCCGGCGGCGGCGGUGGAGAAGGAGCACAUGUUCGACAAGGUGGUGACGCCGAGCGACGUGGGGAAGCUGAACAGGCUGGUGAUCCCGAAGCAGCACGCGGAGAAGUACUUCCCGCUCGACGCCUCCUCCACCGACAAGGGCCUCCUGCUUAGCUUCGAGGACCGCGCCGGCAAGCCGUGGCGGUUCCGAUACUCCUACUGGAACAGCAGCCAGAGCUACGUCAUGACUAAGGGCUGGAGCCGCUUCGUCAAGGAGAAGCGCCUCGACGCCGGGGACACCGUCUCCUUCGGCCGCGGCGUCGGGGAGGCCGCGAGGGACAGGCUCUUCAUCGACUGGCGCCGCCGCCCCGAUGUCGUCGCCGCGCCGUUGCUCGCGCACCACCGCGCCCACUUCGCCAUCCCCUCCGUGCCCUACGCGCCGUGGACCACGCACCACCCAGUUGGAGGAGGCAGGAUGUUCAUGCAGGCGCCUUCGCCAGUGUCCGUCUACGAGUACGACGCCCACCACCACCACACCCGGCGACACGUCGGGUACGAUGGUUACGAGGCGGCGUCCGGCAGGCAGGUGCUGUUCUACCGGCCGCAGCAGCAAUACCACCACCACCAGUCGGUGGUCCUGGAGUCAGUUCCGGUUCGCCUGGCGGUAGCUCCGGGGCAGCCGGAGCCGUCGGUGGCGACGUCGGGGUCGAAGCGGGUCAGGCUCUUCGGGGUGAACCUCGAGUGCGCGACGAGCACCACCGAGGACGAUUUCGGAGGCCCCGGGAGGAUGGCGCCGCCGUCGCUGCAGCUGCUGUCGCCGGCGUCCUCGACGUCGUCGUCGUCCGGGAAAGCGAGGUGCUCUUUGAAUCUUGACUUGUGAAGCACUAAAAAGUGGACGGUGGUACACUACGAUCCACCACUACUGCUACUACUCCAAUUCUGACAGAAACGGAACCGCCGCCGGUCAUGUGGUCGAGACUCAAGAAGGCCGGCAGGAGAAGUAAACAACAGCGGCGCGCGACGGCGGCCGCCGGUGCAUGCAUGGACAUUGGAGUACUCAUCUAGCUUCUUCCUAAUCUCUCUUCGUAUAUAGCUCAAGAUAUCUCUUUA